UUCCCUUAUGUUUUGAAAUUGAAGGAGGACGUGGCACCUUCUUCUCGCAGUCUCAAAACGAAAAAGUUCGAAGAUUGACUUAAACUUAGGAUUAUUAAGGAAAUUUUUGAAAAUCUGUUAUUUAAUCGUGUAACAAAUUGGUUUUCCAACUAAUUCGAUUUCACUAAAUCCGAAUUUUUAAGACCCAAAGCCAAUAUGUCCCGAAAAGUUCAGCUUUGCACGUUGGAGACACCAGAAUUUUUAUUUUGUUAAUGCUUAGAGAAUUUGUCAUAUAAAUUCGUUGCUGACGAUUAUAAUACGGGGCGAAAAUAUUCACGUACAGGGACUGGAAAGGAAAUCUUGUUUGAUUUGAAUACAAUACAUUUUGUCACCUCAGUUCAUGAGUAACCGCUUCAAGUUUCCACUUUUUCCCAAAAGUACACGCCUUGAUUGGGUUAAGACCAUGGAUUGGGUUCUUUUGAAUACUACGAGGUGUGGCAGAAAAGUACUGAACCUGAUUUUCUAUUUACCAAAAGUUUUUGGUUUUUUAAAACAUCAACGUUAUUCCUUUUAAAGUAGUUCCUCUGGGUAGUUACGCACCGAUGGAGACUUUGUCACACUUUUGGUAGCAGCGCUGGAAGUCUUCAACUGGUAUGGCCUUCAGCAAGUCCGUUACACUCUUUCGAUUGCUCCGAAAUGCCGUCUUUGGAGGACAUUUUUCAGUUUAGGAAAAAGUCUGCAAUGUCUGGUUUCACGCGAAUUUGACUGACAGUUUGUGCUGGAUAGGGAUGAAAACUAGCCGAGCCGAACUUUUAGAAAACUUGGUUCAGCUCGAAAUUAUGGAUGUCCAGUUCGGUUCAUGCUUUAAUAUCCGGGUGAUGAUUGACAAUUAGCUCACCUUCGGAGCACCUGUCAGCAUGCGACAGGGCAUAAUGGAGGAAGGUGGGGCGCGCUCUGAAAAUGACUUCGACGUUAACAACGUCAGAGAGGAAGACUUCGAGCAAUAUACAACAUACAUAGUUCCCGACAUCCCCGUCGAUCCGGGUACGCCAAAUCGAGCAGAGGGCACACUUCCUAGGAAUUUACUGUUGAAACCCUCACAGGCUUUGUCAGAUGCGCAAGGCGUUUGGAGCACAGGAUAUAUCCCACGAGGGACACGCUUUGGGCCUCUCGUGGGAGAAGUCUACGCCAAAGAUGCGGUACCAAGCACCGCAAAUCGCAAAUACUUCUGGAGAGUACAGUUACGAGAGGACUAUUUCCGAAAAAGCUCUAUUAAAUAUAAGAUAUACAAAGACAAUGAACUCUAUUACUACAUAGACGGGUACGAUACCUCGAAAGCGAACUGGAUGAGGUACGUGAACCCAGCGUACUCAAGCGAAUCCCAGAAUUUAAUCGCCUGUCAGUAUAAAAUGAAUAUUUAUUUUUACACGAUUAAACCAAUUCUUCCUAAUCAAGAGCUAUUAGUAUGGUAUUGUAGAGAAUUUGCGGAAAGGCUUAAUUAUCCACUGACGGGGGAGCAAAUGCUUCAGAGGAUACGGCAACAAGUACAACAAUCAACCGAAGUGAUAUCUGUGAGUACUACAAACGAUUCCUGUACGAAAGAGCCGUCCACUUAUGAGCAUCAAUUAACCCCCACUGAUGGUAGUGUGCGAUCAGAUGAAGGGUAUCACAGCAAUGGAUACCACGAUGACGCUUUUACUCCCCCUGAAGAUUCCAGUGAUUCCGACAGCGAAAGCAAUUACGUGUUGGAUUUUAGUAAAAAAACCCCCGCCCCAGAGGCUGCCGUUGUGAAACAAGUGCCUACAACGGAGCAAAAGAACGAAUAUCGCAAAGUAAAAAUUAAAAUAUCCAAAGCGUACCACUACAAAACGAAGAAUUCGGAAAGUGACCCCGAAUGCGAUAAAGAAACUAGCGGAGAGCUACCCCCCGAAGCUGCACCACGAAUAGUGACACCCCCUAGCACGGUUAUCGUUUUAGAUUCCCCCCCUCCUGAAGUUCCUAGCAAGCCUUUUUACGAGUCUGAGGUCAAAAACGAAACCAUCAUAACCAGAUACACGCCGCCCACAUCCAGUAUUUUAGAAAAUAUUCUCUUACGAAAUAGGAUCGAUACUAACAAUAACAAUAGUAACCAUAGGCAACCUAACGCAACACCACCACCAACGUCCCCAACGGAGAUGGCGUACUCUUAUAAGAAAAGUCAUCGAUACGGAACUGUACCGUGUAGUCCCGAUUCAAGUUCAAACUUGCCGCUGCAAAAUGUCGGCCCACCUCCACCAGCACUCAUAAAAAGUCAUUCACCUAGUCCGGCACCGCCAAACUCAGUGUAUUUAUCCCAAACCUCAGAUUCGUACAAUCACAUGCAACCGGCAAAUUACUAUAACAUCUAUCAAGCCAACGGAAUGGUUCACACGACACCCGCUGCCCCAUAUUCUCCUCCCCUAAGCGCCAAUUACGGAAAUGCGCACCACACAAACUCAAACCUUAUCCUACCCAACUCUCAUAUAGUCACUCACCACCUCCUCACACCUCUAGCCCCAAUGCCGCACGGCAGCAGCAGACCCUCACCCCCGCACUCACUUAGCCCAGAUCACCUAUCCAGCGGACGCAGUUCGAGCCCAUUAGGUCCGAAUGGCACCAGAGGCUACAAAAGUCUACCUUACCCCCUCAAGAAGAAAGACGGGAAAAUGCACUACGAAUGCAACGUUUGCUGCAAGACGUUCGGUCAGCUCUCCAACCUUAAGGUACACCUUCGAACGCACAGCGGCGAGAGACCGUUCAAAUGCAACGUCUGCACGAAAUCGUUCACCCAACUGGCACACCUACAGAAACACCACCUGGUGCACACCGGCGAAAGGCCGCACGAGUGCGGCAUUUGUAAAAAGAGAUUUUCGUCUACGUCAAACCUAAAAACACACCUGAGGCUGCACAGCGGCCAAAAACCUUACGCUUGCGAUUUCUGUCCGGCGAAAUUUACGCAGUUCGUUCACUUAAAAUUACACAAAAGGCUGCAUACGAACGAAAGGCCGUACAUCUGCCAGGAGUGUGGCAAAAACUACAUCAGCGCUUCUGGUUUACGAACGCAUUGGAAAACGACAAGCUGCAGGCCAAACAACAUUGAUGAUGAAGUCAAUGGAGAUAGCUCGCCUAAUAGUUAUUACGAUUAUGGAGGAUAUGAAAAUUCAAUCGACAUGAAGAAAGAAUCACUCGACGACAAGGAGAGCUUCGAUCUUCACUCGCCCUCUCAAAUAAGUCGGCCCGGUCUCCACCCAGGCCUGCCGCGACAAUUACCUCCACACAGUCUUCAACCCGUAAGUCAGAGGCAAGGCACCGGUCCACCUCCUCCUCCGCACCACACGAACAAGGAGACGAGACCGAGCGUCAUUGAAUCUUCUCAACCCCAUAUAAUUGAAUGUACCUAAGAUGUAUUUUUGAUGCUCACUGUUAGUUUUUAAGUGUUGUUAAGUUUUAAAAAAUUUAUUUAUUUUGAAUAAGUCGUACUACAUUUUUGUUUUAUGUUUUACAAAUUGCCCGCGAUUGAAGGUCUUCGGUCGGGGUGGCAACUCUUUAAAUGAAGUAUUGUGAAAAAGACCCGAAUUAUAAAUUUAAAAAUGGAAAAAUUAGACUGAUACGAAAAAGCAAUAUUUCAAUUAAGAAAGCUACAUUUCUUGUCAAUGUGUAGUGUUUCGUACAUGUUCGUGUUUAAAUGUUUGUAGUUCAAUUUGUGUUUUUUCGUUUAGAAUUUAUAAGGUGUAUUCUGCAAUUUAUAUUCCAAUAGUUAUAAAAAUCCUAUGCAUAGUUGGAUUACGUAAAAAUAUACCAAAAACCAAAAUAGCAACCAGUGAUCAGUAUCGUAUUACAUUAUAUGCGUACCUACAUAUACAUUUUGAGUCAUUUGCUACUAAUUGUAUAAAGAAGAGAAACUUUGUAUCUGACGUACACAAAUAUAUUUAAUGGAUUGGAGGUGAUAUGCUAUGGUAGGAUUUUGAUUUGCCACAUUCACGCGUCUUUGUAUUUUGAUAUGAACGAUAUGUUUUUCCACUGAGAUGAAAAUGUGUAAAUUGUGUGUAUAUUUAGAACAGUUGUAAAUAGGUCAAAAUUAGGUACCUACUUUAAAUUAAUGGAGGUUCUAUAUUUUUAGCACCAAUAACAGCUAAUUUGUAAACGCCCUGUAAAUUAUUUUAAUAGAUAGAUUGUAAUAGUAGGCACAUAAACAGACAGUAGUCUUAUUGUUACUUUUA